UCGCCGCAUCGCGUCGCAAUUUGCGCUUUGCGCAUCGGCGUCUGCGGUCAGUCACACUCGGUGACAUUCUGGUCACAGGACGUUGCGGAACGCAUCGGAGCGUGUCAGGCGCGUUGAACGCACUCGGGGGCGUAAAAACACGUCCGCGGACACAAUUUAAACGGGUUCUCUUCUCGCAACUCUCCCGUGCGCGAUCGGAUAAAAUAUUGUUCCACUUAUUCCCUGUGAAAAUGCCGGCGAGCGUAGCGGCGAGGAUUCGGAGCUGCACGUAGGCCAAGCGUGUCUUCCCCUCUCAAGUUUCUUGCGAGAAUAAACAACUGAGGACAACAAUAGCUCUUCGCACGCACGAUGACCACGUUGAGCGGAUUCAUAGAGUUCUUCCAGAAAGGCAAGACGUUUCGGCCGAAGAGGAAGUUUGCUCAUGGAACGUUGCGUUAUUCUUUGCACAAGCAAGCUCAAGCUUCUCUCAAUUCCGGAAUCAACCUGAGAUCCGUCGUCAAAUUACCUCCCGGGGAAGAUAUGAAUGACUGGAUCGCCGUUCACGUCGUAGACUUUUUUAAUAGAAUAAAUCUUAUAUACGGUACUGUAUCUGAGUACUGUGACUCGGCAUCUUGUCCAACGAUGAGCGGUGGAGCGCGUUUCGAAUAUUUGUGGGCAGACGGUGAAAAAUAUAAGAAGCCAACGGCGUUACCAGCGCCGCAAUACGUUGCCCUUCUUAUGGAUUGGAUCGAAGCUCAAAUAAAUAACGAAACGGUUUUUCCAGUGUCAACAGAUGUGCCAUUUCCCAAAACAUUUAUACCGCUAUGUAGAAAAAUCUUGACACGCCUCUUCAGGGUCUUCGUUCACGUGUAUAUCCAUCACUUUGAUCGUAUUGUAGCAAUAGGAGCGGAGGCGCAUGUGAAUACAUGUUACAAGCAUUUCUACUACUUUGUAACAGAAUUUGAUUUAAUUAAUCCUAAGGAAUUAGAACCGUUAGCUGAAAUGACUGCCAAAGUUUGUAAGGAUAGCGUUUCUCCUACUCAAAGCACAGCGCCAUCGAGCAAUCAAAGCAGAUAGUUAUUUCGUAGUCAUAUUUGAUAAAACUGAUAAUUACACUUACUCAAUAACAGAACUUCCGGGCAAGCAGAGAAAGAAAGCCAUAUGCUGAUUUUAUAUGAAAAUAGAACCUAGUUCUUGUAACAGUUUACUAAUAUACAAUUUUUCAAGAUGACUUAUUGCAGGAGACAUUAGUAGCAAUUUGAAAACAUGCAUUAUGUGCAUUAUCUUAUAAAAAUUGAGUUAUUAGUUACAUUUUUGAAAUAUAUUUAUCUCCAAAAGCAAGAGAGAAAACUCAUAAUGUAAUUUACAAAAUUUCUAUUCUUAUGUUUAUAUUAAAAUGCUUAAAGCAUAGUCAUAGGUGCAAUAUUUAAUAAGCUAAUUAGAUAUAUCAUUGCAUGUAUUAUCUAAUUAGUUCCAAAAUUAAGAUAACAAUAUAUACUCAAUAUUUAUACAUAUUUAAGUUAUGGUGAUAGAAAAGUUAAAUCUCCAAAUUUUUUGUUAGAACAUGAAGCGUUUAACUCUUAAGAUCGAAACUGUUAUUGAAUCUUAAACAUUUUAUUUCUUCUAGUUCUUUAGUGUGGCCACCUUUUUCUCAUUGUCUUUGUAAGACAUUAUAUUAGAUAUUUAUAUUAACAUUGUUUAAUUUUUUGUGAUUUCUAUAGAUCUUAUUUGGAUUGUCAGAUAUUUACAAUUACGUUCAUAUUUUUGUAAAAUAUGAUACUAUAGAUACUAAUAAAGCAAGAAAUAUGGAAAAACUUCACGAUAACAAAGUGAUAGAAAAUUUAUAAUGCAGUUAAUAAUUAGUAAUUAAAACAUUUAUUCACCUUGAAAUAUAAAGCUCAGAUCUGCACAGCAUGCAUAAAAAAAUAAUAAAACAAUGAAAUUAAGAAAAUGCUAUUGCACAUUUACUACCAGAUUAAAUAUUUAAAUAUUUUAUGUGCAAGAACGAAUUUUCGAGGAAUAUAAAGUAAACGAGUAUUGCCAAAAAUUUUUGUAAAUAUAUAGGAAAUCCAUAUUCCUUUCUACACUAAAAUAUACAUUUUAACACCAACAAUGUUAUUUUAUUAGCCCAUUUACAUGAUAAAUAUGCAUUACCUAACGUUUUAACUAACAAAGUUUGAAUACAGAAUAAAACCAAAAAAAAUUUGUAUCUUUUAUAUAAUCUAUGUAACUAAGUAUAUACAUAAGUCAAGAUAAAUAGGUCAAUUUCAGAUUUGCAUAUUCUCAUUAUGCCAAAGAUUAUUGUGCUGAUAAUAAAUAUUACAUCAUUUUACGGUGUAACUCAAGUACAGACAUGCAAUCUCUCGAAACUCUCUUUAUAUUUUACUUUACCCUUUGAUGCAAUCUUAUCCCGUCUUUAGUUCCCUGUAUUUAUUCAGUAAAUAAACGAUGUUUAUCAGUGUUAACAAUGUAAUUACUGAAAUUUAUGUCUGUACUUAAGUUUAAAGUUUAUUUUAAACAUAUUUAGAAUUAUUAUAGCAUACUUACUAUGGUAACUACAGUCCAAAUAAGUACAAAUAUCGAUUUAAAUAGCCCUGCUUCCUUUGUCAAUGGCUAGAUAAUUCACGAGCAUAAAUUGUAUGUGUAUUGUGCAAAUAAAAAUAUAUUACCUA